UGUUAAUUGCUUAGCCGACAAUGUUCUUGACUUGAAGUUUGAUAUAAAGGUCUAAGGUCGAUUGUGAAUUAAUUUUUGUUUCUAAUACUCAAGCUAACAAAUAAUAACACAAUUCUCUAUGUUGCGCAUGGGUUAAAGAGGGAAAACCAAUAGUGCGCUGACAUCCUCUUAAGAAAUACACUAAAUUAUUGUUACCUGUAGUUGAUGAACAGUUAAGGCGAGACAUGUGAUUAAUGUUGUUAAACGUUCACUGUGUAAUCAUCAGUAGGUACCUUUAGUCAUUUCAAUUGUCAUAAUAUGGCAAAUUGGUUAAUUUUAAAUAUCGCUGUUAAUUAAUAUUAUAGUUUAAACAUUUGGUUUGUUAUUUUAUAUAAUAAGUGAAAUCGGUAAAACACCUUAUCUUCCGAUUUUAGACUUUGGGCGGAAUUUAUUGUGAAGUAACUAAAAAAAAAUAACGUUUAUGAAGAUAUACAAGCAAUAUAAAUUCAAUUAUCAAUAAUAUCGGCAAAAAUCAUUUCAUUUCAGAACACACAUAGAGAUGAUUAUGAAAUGGACUUUUAUUGCUGUUACGCUGUACUUAGAUUUUGUGCGCUGUAUACCACAGGAGUUGGAAAUAACUAAAGGUGUAAUUAAAGGACAAGUUUUGAAAUCUCGAAAUGGGCGGUGUUAUAAUUCUUAUACCGGAAUACCUUAUGCAAAGCCUCCACUUAAUGAACUUAGGUUUAAGGCUCCUGUUCCGGUGGAACCGUGGAACGGCAUAUUGGAUGCUACGAAAGAAUCAAAUAUAUGUAUUCAACAGGGAAGCACGGACGGGCAGGAAGACUGUUUGUAUUUAAAUGUAUAUUCUCCAAAAACGAAUAAAAAAUCGUUACCUGUCAUGUUUUGGAUUCACGGAGGAGGAUUUACUUGGGGCCACAGUAGGUCAGGUAUCUACGGGCCAGAUUAUCUUAUGGACAAGGACUUGAUAUUAGUAACAAUAAACUAUAGACUUGGUUUAUUCGGGUUUCUUAGCACUGAAGAUGAUGUGAUACCGGGAAAUUACGGAUUAAAAGAUCAAGUAGCAGCAUUACGUUGGGUGCAGGAAAACAUUGUUCAUUUCAACGGUGAUCCCAAUCGAGUGACAAUUUCCGGCGGAAGUGCAGGAGGCGCUAGCACUGGGUUUCAUAUGUUAUCGCCGAUGAGUAAAGGUCUUUUUCAUAAAGCCAUACUUCAAAGUGGUUCGCCGGUUUGUACGUGGGCCGUCUCACCACCUGGACUUUCUCGUAAACGCGCCCAUGCAGUGGCAACUAUUUCAGGAUGUAAUUUCGAUACUUCCGAAGACAUAUUGCAAUGUUUAAGACAAGUUCCAGCUCAAUAUUUGAUAGAUCUCCACACAAAGUUCUUCACUUGGAUGAAUCAUCCAUUCAUUUUAUUCAAUCUUGUGGUUGAAAACUGUAAUUCUGGUCAAGAAGCAUUUCUUUGUCAUCAUCCAAUAUAUGACUUUCAUCAAGAAUCAUUUGUACCGGCUAUUGUUGGGUUAAAUUCCGCCGAGGGGGGGUUGUUUGUUGCUGGUCUGUACAACAAUACGUCAUUGAUAAAUCCAGAACUUCGUACGGAUUUUAAUCGUUUGAUAUCCAUAAUAUUGACUUAUAAUUAUUACAUAAAACCUGAGUACAUAGAUGAGAUUGGAGAGAAAGUGCUUAAAAAAUAUUUCCCAUCUGGAGGUAUCGAUGAUCAUACUCACAUUAACGCUGUUAAAUUGUUCACCGAUUCAGCUUUUACAGAAUGUGUUCUUGACAUGGCAUAUAAACUGUCAUCUCCUGUGUAUAGUUAUUUUUAUAAUUAUCAAAAUGAAUUUUCUUAUAAUAAAGCGUUUGGAUUAUGUGAAAGACCGUUAGGUGUGACUCAUGGAGAUGAAUUAAAUAGUAUUUUCAAAAUGAAUAGCUUGAACCCAAAUGACUUAAACAAAAAAGACCUCGAAGUUUCGAAAUUAAUUAUUAAUAUUUGGUAUAAAUUCAUUACAACUGAUAACCCUACCAUCGAUGGAUUAGAAAAUGGUUUACCUUGGCCUACAUUUACAGAAUCAAACCAAUCGGUGAUUCUAUUCAAUUCAAGUCAUCCUAGUCUUAUUCAAAAUCCAUGUUUGGAUGCCUAUACAUUUUGGAAAAAUGUAUAUAAUUUUAUAAACAAAGUCUGAUUCCAACAAAAAUCCAAACAAUAAAAUAAUCGAACAUUU